GCCUACCCAGGCCACAAAGUGUGACGCUUCAGAAAGGUGCGUUUGUCUGGAGUAUUCGCAGCAGUAGUUUUUAAAACUUCAUAGCUGCUUUCUCAAACGGAGAACAAGGUUUUAGCAGCUCUAGGUAUAAUGGUGGCCACUCCAAGUGAAGCCUAAUGUGCCAGAUGAUACACCGGUAUGACUGGCAGGAGAGAUCGUGGCAUUUGAUUAGCCUGGCCCUGCAGAGGAGGUCCAGAGUGAAGAUGCAGUGCAGUAACCGAGAGCUGGUGGAGUUCUUUAUAAGCUAUAAACUGUCUCAGAAGAAUCACCCAACUUCCCUUCUGAGGCCAACCAAUGGGGGCCAAAGGACUGAGAGAGACCUGGCCAAAUCCCUGCCUGCGUACAAUGGCAUAGAGGUUUUAAAAUCAGCUCUUCUAGACUCAGGGGAGCAGUUUGGUUUUCUGUUCACACAGUCUUUUAGGGACGUUGCUUCGCACCUCUGCAUCACACCAGACACAGCCCAGCAAUGCUUCAAGAGUGUGAUGGAGGAGUUGUUCAGGGAUGGAAUUAAUUGGGGGCGUAUAAUUGGUCUGUUUGUCUUUGGUUCUGCAAUGUGUCUGGACUGUAUUGACAGCAAUAUGAGUGAGCUGGUACCCGACAUUGCAGACUGGAUGACUGCGUAUCUAGAUGAUCACAUUAGUCUGUGGAUCCAACGAAAUGGAGGAUGGGACCGCUUUACAGAGAUAUUUGGGAAAGGGAUGUCUACAAGGAGCUCUGGGGAGUCUCUGAAGAGAUGGCUAUUUGUUGGAGUGGCAUUAGUAACAGGGCUGCUGGUUGGCAUGCUCAUGACAGAUUAACAGUGAAGGUGCUACGUCUCUGCUGUCACUGAACACCCUGUGGAAUGCUAAACCGAGGGAGGGAAGCGGUUAAUGUUUACAUGGAAGCCCAGUCCACAUGUGCAGUGACCGUAGUGGGAUUCAUAAUGUGUAACUUGGUGAGCUGUUACAGACCACCUGCUCGCCUUGCUUUGACCAAUGUUUUUUUAUUUUAUUUUUAAACGCACAACAGUUUAGUAGCUGAUGUGCCCGUUCAGAGGGCAAAUGCUUUAAAUGAACCUAAUAAAAAGGCGGUGAAAGUGA